AUGAUAUACCACGGCGUCUUUGCAAACCCCAAUGCCACAACAAUCGAAUCUCAGCUCAAAUCCGUUGGAGUCGUCUCUCCACAGUGGACAUUUACCAUGUUUAGCGAAACACAUUUCCACUCAAGCACCCACGAAGUUCUCAGCAUUGCAUCAGGGUCUGCAAAGUGCUGUUUCGGAGGUGAGAAGAACAAGGGCCGUGUGGAGCCCGUCCUGGAGCAAGGUGACGUUGUAAUCGUCCCUGCAGGCGUCGGUCACCGGUUACUAGAGGACUAUGGCGGCUUCCAAAUGGUUGGCUCUUAUGAGAGGGGCAAAACAUGGGAUAUGUGCUAUGGGAAACCCGGAGAGGAGGAGCAGGUCAAGCAGAUCGGAAACUUGGGUUGGUUCAAGCGUGAUCCGAUCUAUGGCGACGAAGGGCCGAGUCUGGAAGCCUGA